CUCUCCCGGACCCCUUCCUGGGCGAUUCCGGCGGGGCCUCUGCCCCGGCCUCCUGCGGGCGGCAAGAUGACCGACACCCGGCGGCGGGUGAAGGUGUACACGCUCAAUGAGGACCGGCAGUGGGACGAUCGGGGCACCGGGCAUGUGUCGUCCGGCUAUGUGGAGCGGCUGAAGGGCAUGUCCCUGCUUGUCCGGGCCGAGAGCGACGGUUCUCUACUUUUAGAGUCCAAAAUAAAUCCUAACACUGCAUACCAGAAACAACAGGACACUUUGAUUGUGUGGUCUGAAGCAGAAAAUUAUGACUUGGCCCUUAGCUUUCAAGAAAAAGCUGGCUGUGAUGAAAUUUGGGAGAAAAUAUGUCAGGUUCAAGGAAAGGACCCUUCAGUGGACAUCACUCAGGACCUUGUAGAUGAAUCUGAAGAGGAGCGCUUUGAUGAUAUGUCAUCGCCAGGUUUAGAAUUGCCAUCUUGUGAAUUAAGUCGCCUUGAGGAAAUUGCAGAACUUGUGGCGUCAUCUUUACCUUCCCCCCUUCGUCGUGAAAAACUUGCACUAGCACUGGAAAAUGAGGGUUACAUUAAAAAGCUCUUAGAGCUAUUUCAUGUGUGUGAAGAUUUGGAAAAUGUUGAAGGACUCCACCACUUAUAUGAAAUUAUCAAAGGCAUCUUCCUCUUGAAUCGAACUGCUCUUUUUGAAGUUAUGUUCUCUGAAGAAUGUAUAAUGGACGUCAUUGGAUGCUUAGAAUAUGAUCCUGCUUUAUCACAACCACGAAAACACAGGGAAUUUCUAACAAAAACAGCCAAGUUUAAAGAAGUGAUUCCCAUCUCAGAUCCUGAGCUGAAACAAAAAAUUCAUCAGACAUACAGAGUUCAGUAUAUACAAGAUAUGGUUCUACCUACCCCUUCAGUCUUUGAAGAAAAUAUGUUAUCAACACUUCACUCCUUUAUCUUUUUCAAUAAGGUAGAAAUUGUUGGUAUGUUACAGGAAGAUGAAAAAUUUCUGACAGAUUUGUUUGCACAAUUAACAGAUGAAGCAACAGAUGAGGAAAAAAGACAGGAACUGGUUAACUUUUUAAAAGAAUUUUGUGCAUUUUCACAAACGCUACAACCUCAAAACAGAGAUGCUUUCUUCAAGACUUUGUCAAACAUGGGCAUAUUACCAGCCUUAGAAGUCAUCCUUGGCAUGGAUGAUACACAGGUGCGAGGUGCUGCUACUGAUAUAUUCUCAUACUUGGUUGAAUAUAAUCCAUCCAUGGUACGAGAGUUUGUCAUGCAGGAGGCACAACAGAAUGAUGAUGUAAGUAAGAAGUUAACAGAGCAAAAAAUAAACAACAAGGAUAUUUUGCUGAUCAACCUCAUUAUAGAACAUAUGAUUUGUGAUACAGACCCUGAACUUGGAGGAGCAGUCCAACUUAUGGGCCUGCUUCGAACUUUAGUUGACCCAGAGAACAUGUUAGCUACUGCUAAUAAAACAGAAAAGACUGAAUUUCUGGGUUUCUUCUAUAAGCACUGUAUGCAUGUCCUCACUGCUCCCUUACUGGCAAAUACAACAGAAGACAAACCUAGCAAAGAUGAUUUUCAGACUGCCCAGUUGUUGGCACUUGUGUUGGAAUUGUUAACAUUUUGUGUGGAGCACCAUACCUACCACAUAAAGAACUACAUUAUUAAUAAGGAUAUCCUCCGGAGAGUGCUAGUUCUUAUGGCCUCGAAGCAUGCUUUCUUGGCAUUAUGUGCUCUUCGUUUUAAGAGAAAGAUUAUUGGAUUGAAAGAUGAGUUUUACAACCGCUACAUAAUGAAAAGUUUUUUGUUUGAACCAGUAGUCAAAGCAUUUCUCAACAAUGGAUCGCGCUACAAUCUGAUGAACUCUGCCAUAAUAGAGAUGUUUGAGUUUAUUAGAGUGGAAGAUAUAAAAUCACUAACUGCUCACGUAAUUGAAAAUUACUGGAAAGCACUGGAAGAUGUAGAUUAUGUGCAGACAUUUAAAGGAUUGAAACUCAGAUUUGAACAGCAAAGGGAAAGGCAAGAUAAUCCGAAACUUGACAGCAUGCGUUCCAUUUUGAGGAAUCACAGAUACCGAAGAGAUGCCCGAACGCUAGAAGAUGAAGAGGAGAUGUGGUUUAACACAGAUGAGGAUGACAUGGAAGAUGGAGAAGCUGUAGUGUCCCCAUCUGACAAAACUAAAAAUGAUGAUGAUAUUAUGGAUCCAAUAAGUAAAUUCAUGGAAAGGAAGAAAUUAAAAGAAAGUGAAGAAAAGGAGGUGCUUCUGAAAACGAAUCUUUCUGGUCGGCAGAGUCCAAGUUUCAAGCUCUCCCUCUCUAGUGGAACAAAGACCAACCUCACCAGCCAGUCCCCUGCAACAAAUCUGCCCGGUUCGCCAGGAUCCCCAGGAUCCCCGGGCUCUCCAGGCUCUCCUGGAUCUGUCCCUAAAAAUACAUCUCAGACGGCAGCUAUUACUACCAAGGGAGGCCUCGUUGGUCUGGUAGAUUAUCCUGAUGAUGAUGAAGAUGAUGAUGAGGAAGAAGACAAGGAAGACACGCUACCAUUGUCAAAGAAAGCAAAGUUUGAGUCCUAAUACCGGCCACUGCCUAUGGUCAGUACCUGUUGAGAGAACUGGCUCUCUGCCCCUCCCCCCUACAAAGUCCACAACAAAGCAGUGGUGUCUCGUGAAUGACUGACACAGCUCAGCAUCGCUUGCUUGACUUCUGCUCAUCAAGUGCCAAUUCAUUGGAGCAGGAGGAGGGGAAAUUAUACAUUUAGGGGAAAGACUUACGCCUUUGAGCUCUCCAGCGUGGACCACAUAUUGCCCUUUUCUCAGGGAAGGAAUGGAAACAAAAAGCCAACAGCGCAGGGGUUUUGUUAAGUGGAACUCUGGACUGACUGGUUAGUUGCUACAAUCAGAAUAUGCUUUCUCGGACCAUGUUUGAGACUCAGAAGAAUAGGCUUUUCUGCCAUAUUUCUUCACUAGAUAAGAAUGCCAGCAGUUUCUUUGUAUAAAGAGACCUGCCUUUAAAAUCAUACAUUCUGAACAUGUUAGUCAAGCCACAACAGGUUUGGAAAACCUCUGUGGGGGAGGGGCGAAUAUAAAGUUUCCUCUUUUUUUAUCUGUACCCUUUGCCCUUCAAACUGCAGAUUUUUUUUUUAAGUGGGGAUAUGUCCCUCCUUGAUUAAAGAUUGAGUGGAAUUCUA